AUGUCAUCGCCACCGCCCACAUCGGCUAUUCCUUUGGUCUCACUCUCGCCUACAUUUUCAACGAGUCAGACAAAUGUCAUUCCUUCUUUACAGGAAGAACCUAUGUUGGGCGAUAUGGAAGAGACCGGUAUUCUGCGCGAAUACAAAUACCCUUCGCCUCACCCACAUGGGCUUCAUGAAGAUGUGCGUAUUUUAGGCAAGCACAUUUGGAAGUUCCGCAUCAAAAAAUUAUUAGGCGAAGGGGCUUUUUCUCGAGUGUUUUUAGCAGAGAAUUUAGAAGAAGGAGGCCAUGUGGCUGUCAAGGUGAUUAAUAAAGAACGCAUGUAUCAAGAUUUGCGUGUCAAGUCGAGAGGCGAAUUAUUUGAUUUUGUGAAGCAUAUACAUAACAAUCUUCAUCAAGUGUUGGUUCCUUCAAGCAUUGAUGAAAUACUAAUUAAGCGGCUGGCUUUGGAGAUCAUCCAAGUCGUCUCUUGGUUGCAUCAAAUCAAUAUUGUUCAUCGAGAUUUAAAGUUAGAAAACAUUCUUGUCUAUUUUGAUGAAAAAACAGGUGAACCUCAUAUCAAAAUUACUGACUUUGGUCUGGCUCGUGUAAUGGAUCCUAUCAAACCUAUUCUGACCACCCGUUGUGGCAGCGAAGAGUACGCAGCACCUGAAAUUGUACAGAGUUUAGGCUAUGAUGGCCGUUUAACAGAUACAUGGUCAAUUGGUAUUAUUAUUUAUGCCUUACUGGUGGGCUAUUUACCAUUUACGUAUGACCCUCAUAAGGGAGAAAAGAUUUCUCAUUUAUUUCAUCGUAUUGUGAUGGCACAAGUCAAAUGGCCUGUGGAUGAUAACAUUAGUUUAGAAGCCAAAGAAGUAGUUCAAAAGAUAUUAGUUCGACAUCCAGAUAAGCGAGUUCGAUUAGAUCAAGUCGAGCAACUGCCUUGGUUUGAUCCAGUGUAA